AUGUCGGCUCUUAGCAAUGGAGUUGGUAGCGACAGUUCUUGUGAAACGGAUCUAGACUCCGCUGGCAGUGAAGUUGUCCGCUGUUUCAUUUGUGACGAUCCCUGUGAGUCUUCAACGCCUCUGACCGAAAUGUACACCAUGCGAACAUCUAUGGGAUUUCCAAAUAAAUUGGCCCAGCUAGUGGGCAACGGUUUCAAGAUCAUCAUUUGCAAUGAGGAUUAUGUUUGCUUACGUUGCACGAAUUUAGUCAACUGGUUAGAUCGCUUGGAUGACGAUGUAGAACAAGUGAAAUCGAGCUUGAUUCAUUUGUUAAAUAAGAAAUAUGCUUUUAAUACAGAUGAGGACCAGACAUUCCCCACCGUCCCACCGAAGAGCCAAAAACAGUCAACAGGAUCAGGAAAUUCUUCGAUGAAAGGAAACACUGGCCGGUAUUUCUUACGCCCACGCAAAGUUGUAGGAACUAAUUCAGAUCAUUCGACGACUUCACACCAGAGUGUCGCCAAGGUCCAAAAAAUGUGCACCUCACAGCGGAGUUUCCAAUGCAAGCAGUGUUCCGCGACCUUCACUCAAUUCGUGGCCAUGAAUCAACACAUGCUUCGGAAUCACAAACCAGUCAUGGAUAACACUAGCUCCGACAGUCAUGUCAGUGCAGUCAAUACUAGCUCCAAUAAUUCAGAAAACGCCUUGCUCAACGGCACAAAAAACACAACAUCCCAUGCAACUGAAACUGUCACUGAAUCGGCCAAUGGUCAACGUAAACCAAAGGAUACCAAGCCGUUGCUUAAGAAACGGCCUGCUAAACCGAAGCCCUACGAAUGCCAGACUUGCUUCCAACGUUUUGAAACCCGUGCUGCCAUCACAGUUCACGCCAGGAAACAUCAAACAAAAUUCGUUUGUCGUGUUUGCGAUAUGCCGUUUCUGAAGUGGAAUUUGCUGGUUAAACACAUAAGGAUCCAUCAAAAACCCGAUAGACCAGCAGAUUCAGCAGAAGUAGCUGAUAAUGCAAGUGAUAUGGCCUCGGCCAAGUUAUGGAAUACAGAAGUCUUCUCCCAAAGCUCUCCUGAGUUGGAUACCCGUCAGGAGCCUAUGCGAACAAUUAGCGAUGACAAUAAGAUGGUAGAAUCGGCACCAGGUGGAAAUAAACCACUCAAUGAUGCUGCCGCUGAAGACUGGAUAUCAGAAGAAGUCGGAGACAAUGACAGCUGCUCUACAUCGUCAUAUACUGGAACCAAUGGCAAAUCAACCGUAGUUCCUACUAAAGAUUCCACUACCUUACCCAUAUCAUUACCAAAUUUAAAUGAAAGCAAAACUAUCGAGCAAUCUACAAGUGCUGCUCACGAUCAACAAGAAAUCCCGAUCCCAGAGACUGACGACGAGAUCAAGUUUAUUGCAAAUGAAAGUGGAUACUUCUUGGAGUACGAUAAUCACAUUCUCACCAAUGCUGGAGGAGAUCAGAUUAUUGUAAAAGACCCGGAUCAAAUCAAGGAGCUGCUGCACCGUAUCGGACUUAUUCAGACCGGCAAAGUUCAAAAUGGUAAUACUCCGGAAUCCACGGCCGAUAUGACCGGAGAAAUGGCGCUUCCUCAGGGUGAGAACAAUAACACUGGAACAGAUGAUGUGCCCCAUUUUACUCGCGAAGAGACAUUCUGUACUGAGGAUUAUCAGCCCAUUGGCGAAGAAAAGGAAGAUUCUGUAACAACAAAUGGACAAGACAAGACUUCUGAGGCUUCGGGUGGUACUAACAGUACUUAA